UCCCAACAUUAUUAUGACGGCUCUUUCUAAUUCUAGAGACUUUGCAAUUUCCCCAAUUCUCUCUUCUUCGAGGAGUUUCGGUUCGAUCAAUCUUGUCAAUUUUCAAUUUUCACAUUGCAAACUCAGAAAUUCAAAUAAGACCUCCUUUUGCUGCCCUUCAAUUCGUCUUCCUAUUACAGUUACGAUGGCGGCAAUGGCCAGUGAUCAAAGUGCAGUGAAAACCGUUGACUCCGUGCCAAAUUCUUCGAUGAAGCUCCUAUUUGUGGAAAUGGGUGUUGGCUAUGAUCAACAUGGGCAGGAUAUUACGUCAGCUGCAAUGCGGGCUUGUAGGGAUGCUAUCUCUUCUAAUUCAAUCCCUGCUUUCAGGAGAGGGUCUAUACCUGGUGUUUCCUUUGAUGAGAUGAAACUGCAGAUUAAGCUGGGAGUUCCUCGACCUCUCCAGCAUCUUUUGGAUAUUGAGAAGGUCAAAUCAGUUUUCCCUUAUGGAGCAAUAUCAAAUGUUGAGGUUGUGGAUGGUGGACUAAUAUGCUCAAGUGGUGUGCAUGUGGAAGAAAUGGGAGAUAAGAAUGAUGACUGUUACAUCGUAAAUGCAGCUGUUUAUGUUGGUUAUUAAGUUUCCAUGUCAAUCAGUAACAAAAAGAUGGCCAUGUUUUUGGCAACCUUACCCCGGGAUCAAUAAAUUGACAGCUUGAAGAUUCAUAGAGGAAAUGAAGAAUUGGACAACCAGUGGCCACAAGACAAAUUGCACCCUCUUGCAAGUUGUUCACUCGUAUUGUAAAGUAACUCCGCCAGAGUACUGCAUGACAAGGCUUUAUACUCGAAAACAACAUUUCAGGAUAUACUUGGAAAGGUGAAGAAAAAAUUGACCCGAGCGCAUUUGUUUUUAUGCUAGGAAUAAUGAAAUAAAAAAUGCCAACAUGUGGUUCCCAACCUCCCAUUGUGAGUGUAAGUAAAUCAUUUUGUACAAAAGUGUGUGUACAUCUGACACUCCUAAAUUAAAUCUACUGAUAGAUUACAUUAAUUUAGAUUAGCGAAUAUGAGGAAUGAAUGGUUCUUUGAA